CCUCCCCAGUAAUGCUCCCUCUGUUGAUCUCAGCUCUUCUCUUCUCGAUCUCCUCUGCCUCUGCAACUUCACAUACUUCCAGCCAUGACUUCGUCCAAUGCCUCAAGAAUCUGGGGGCCGCUGCUCAGUCUCCGAUCCCAAUCUCCGAAUCCGUUUUCACCAUUGCCGAUAACCCAGCCGAGUUCGAAUUGGUUUACUUGAGCUACUUCAGGAAUGGUAGAUUCCACAAGGACUCAACCCAGCCGCUGGUCAUUGUUGUCGCAAUGCACGAAUCGCAUGUCCAGCAGACAGUGAUCUGCGCCAAGAAAUUGGGGCUUCAUCUCAGAGUCCGCAGCGGCGGCCACGACGACGAAGGCCUUUCGUACAUAGCGCACGAGCCGUUCGUGUUGCUCGACAUGUUCAAAUUUCAAUCUGUGGAUCUCGACAUUAACGCCGGCACCGGUUGGGUCCAAUCCGGAGCUUCUCUCGGCGAGCUUUACCAUAACAUUUCUCAGAAGAGCACUGCUCAUGCCUUCCCCGGGGGCCUCUGCCCGUCGGUGUGCACCGGCGGCCACUUCCUCGGCGGCGGAUUCGGUGUUUUGAUGAGGAAAUAUGGCUUGUCGAUAGAUCACAUUAUUGACGCUUGCAUUGUGGACGCCAAUGGCAAAAUCCUCGACAGAGCAGCCAUGGGAGAGGACCUGUUCUGGGCUAUCAGAGGCGGUGGCACCGGCUUCGGCGUCCUCUUGUCGUGGAAGAUCGAGCUGGUGUCGGUUCCGUCAACCGUGACGUUCUUCCGGCUGGAGAAGACAUUGGCGGAAGGGGCAAAUGACCUAGUUUACAAAUGGCAAGAAAUCGCCAGCGAGCUGCCGGACGACAUUUUCCUGAGACUCGAGAUGAAAUUCAAAUCCGGCGAGGCUUCACCUUCGCCGAACGACCUAAUCUUCCAAUUCAUCGGAUUGUACCUAGGGCAAGCCGCGACACUUCAGCCACUGAUGGAAAAGCAGUUCCCUGAGCUAGGGCUUCGACAAAAAGAUUGCAAGGAAAUGACCUGGGCGCAGAGCACGCUCGUCAUCGAACCCUCAGCCAAUGUACACUCCCUCCCCGACUUGCUCAACAGGCAAGAAAUGAACGCGCCUUCCUUCAAGGUGAAAUCGGAUUUCGUCAAGACGCCGAUCCCAAAGUCGGCGCUUGACGGAAUCUGGAUCAAGAUGACCGAGCUAAACCGCGACCUGAUAUGGCAAUGGAAUCCGUACGGAGGAAGAAUGAGCCAGAUCUCCGAGUCAGCAACUCCUUUCCCUCACCGUACAGGAUACAAAUACCUGAUGCAGUACUGGUACAUGGUUCGCCUUGGAGAUGGCAAACAAGAAGCCAUGGACAAGUUGAAAGGAUUUUACAACUUCAUGGCGCCAUACGUGACGAGCUCGCCGCGCGAAGGUUUUGUGAACUACAGAGAUCUCGAUCUCGGCACCAACGAGAACAGCGCGGGUUCGGAGGCCUUCGGCGCCAGUUAUUUCAUGGGGAACUUUGAGAGGCUGAGGCAGAUCAAAACUAAGUUUGAUCCUGAUAAUUUCUUCAGAACCGAGCAGAGUAUUCCGCCACUUUCAGCAGCUUGAACAGAGCCAGAGGUCAUUGAUGAAGACGGUGCAGGCACCAGGCACCAGGCACCAGGCACCAGGCAGGCAACGGAGGAGGAUUGGGCAUUGUAAGGUUGACACGCACGAGAAAAUCAAUAUUAUCAAGGCAUG